AUGCAUCUCUCAAGCCUCCUCAUUACCGCCAUCGCUGGCUUUGCUUUUGCCGCAGAAUCGUCAAAUCUUACUACCGUUAACAAACUCAACAGCCCUGUAGUCCCCGGGUCCUCCGUUAUGGCUUCCAUGGCUUCUUCCAUGAAAUCUGAGGCAUCGAAGAUCACAUCGACUGCUCCGAAGACUGUGACGGGGACAGAGACAGCGACUACCACCAAGGAUAGCAAGGCAACGAAUGUAGCUGUUGCUAUGGGUGUUGGAGAUGCUGGUAUGAUGGCUGCGGCGUUGGGGGUUGCUGCCUGGAUGUUGUAG